ACUGUAGCCAUGACCAUGGGCAAGAUCAUCUUCUACGAGGACAGGAACUUCCAGGGUCGUUCCUAUGAGACCAGCAGCGACUGCGCUGACAUGUCCUCCUACCUGAGCAGGUGUCACUCCUGCAGGGUGGAGAGCGGCUGCUUCAUGGUCUAUGACCGUACUAACUACAUGGGAAACCAGUUCUUCGUGAGGAGGGGCGAGUACUCUGACUACCAGCGUAUGGGCAUGAGUGAUUGCAUCAGGUCUUGCCGCAUGAUCCCCAUGCACAGAGGCCAGUUCAGGAUGAGGAUCUACGAGAGGGAGAACUUCGGUGGUCAGAUGUAUGAGCUGAUGGACGACUGUGACAACAUGAUGGACCGCUACCGCAUGAACGACUGCAUGUCCUGCAACGUGAUGGACGGCCACUGGCUGAUGUACGAGCAGCCCCACUACAGAGGCAGGAUGAUGUACCUGAGGCCCGGAGAGUACAGGAGCUUCAGGGACAUGGGAUAUAGUGGCAUGAGGUGGAUGAGCAUGAGGCGCAUCAUGGAUUCCUGUUAUUAG